AUGACCGAAUCUGCGUACAAUGCCAUUGAGGACUAUGGCUUGAUCGGGGACAUGCACACGUGUGCCCUGAUCAGCAAGGCCGGUAGCCUGGAUUACAUGUGCUGGCCGGUCUUCGACUCCCCUACCGUCUUCUGUCGUUUGUUGGACGACAAGAAAGGGGGCUUCUUCGCGGUGGCCCCCUACAAGACGGUCGUCGAUGCCCACAGCAAGCAACGAUACCUUCCCUAUUCCAACCUUCUGGAGACCCGAUGGACCAAUGAGGACGGUGUGGUGACCAUGCUAGACUAUUUCCCAGUCAACCCCAAGAAGGGCGCUCAGUCAGCUCGGCUACUAUCGGGGUACUGUCCCUGCAAUGAACCAGGUACCAACCGAUUCAAGUCGGGACUGCAGCACUCGGGCUUGAUCAGAAAACUGGAGUGCAGCCGUGGAUCGAUGGAGUUGCAAGUAGAGCUCUUUCCGGCUUUCAACUAUGCACGAGACUCGCACAACACCCGUGCGAAGUUGGAAAAUGACUUGUGCAAGCACCGACUUCAGACGAUCCACUUUGAGAGCGAGGAAGAAAGACUGCAGGUCGAGAUCUUUGCUGAUUCACGGGAGCCAGAUAAGCUUGGUUUCCCUUCGGCAUCUUUCAAGUUGGAGGAUCGUCCAGGCUUGAAAGGCCGCGGAUUGGUCGCGUGGAUCCGUCUGUCGGAGGGCCAGACAGUGAACCUGGUCCUGCACAGCCCCGAGAAAGCCGUGCCCAGCUCGGCUACCAUGGCUGCCUACCUAUGGAAGAUGGAGGAGGAAACCUCCGACUAUUGGACCAACUGGACUCGCAAGUGUGCCUUCCGGGGCCAUUACCGCGAGACGGUCGAGCGCAGCUUGCUGAUCCUGAAGCUGCUGACCUACAAACCAACGGGUGCCAUUGUCGCGGCACCGACCUUCUCGCUCCCUGAAAAUGUGGGAGGCUCGCGUAACUGGGAUUAUCGAUACUCAUGGGUGCGUGACACAGCCUUCACGCUGUACGUCUUUCUCAAAAUGGGCUACAGCCAAGAAGCUGAAGCGUAUGUCAACUUCAUCUUCGACCGUAUCUUCCCGCAUGCCGCUCAAGAUCUCGAUCCUAACAGCAAGAGGCCCUUCCUGCCGCUGAUGUUCACCAUCCGAGGUGAGUACGAUAUCCCUGAGGUGGAACUUGAUCACCUCGAUGGAUAUAAGGGCAGCAAGCCCGUUCGCAUCGGCAACGCCGCCGUCUUCCACACGCAGUUGGAUAUCUACGGCGAACUGUUAGACAGUAUUUACCUGUACAACAAGCACGGAAACCCUAUCACCUACGACCAGUGGAACUCCAUCCGGCGUAUGGUGAACUAUGUCGUUGGUGUUCGACACCAAAAAGACAUGUCCAUCUGGGAGUCUCGUGGCCAAAUCCAGAACUUCAUUUACUCGAAGAUCAUGAUGUGGGUUGCUUUGGAUCGGGGAAUUCGAUUGGCCGAGAAACGUGCCAGCCUGCCAUGCCCGGACCGUUUCGACUGGAUCAGAGUCCGCGAUGAGAUGUAUGAUGAGAUCAUGACCAAAGGAUUCAACGAAGAGCGCGGUCAUUUCUGCCAGAGCUAUGAAAGCCGAGAUGUGCUGGACGCCUCGAUUUUGAUUGCGCCCCUUGUCUUCUUUGUUGCGCCCAAUGAUCCACGAUUCAUCAGCACGCUGAAGAGAAUUUUGGAAAGCCCUGAAAAGGAAGGCCUGUCCAGUGCCAAGAUGGUUUUCCGCUAUGACCAUCUGAGAGCCAACGAUGGCGUGGGAGGAGGUGAAGGUGCCUUCAUCAUGGUCACCUUCUGGCUUGUCGAAGCCAUGGCUCGUGCCGCCCGAUACGAUGUGCCUAUCCCAAACAUCUGGAAGCUGGCACUUUCGCACUUUGACAACAUCUUGUCCUACGCUAAUCACCUGGGCAUGUUCUCUGAAGAAGUAGCCAUCUCCGGGGAGCAAAUGGGUAACAGUCCCCAAGCAUUCAGCCACCUGGCAUGUAUCAGUGCGGCUAUCAAUCUAGAGCGCCUCGGAAGAGAGUAG